UCCUAAACCUACUUCUUCGCUAAUUUUAAGCGGGAACGAGUUUGAUAGAUUUUGUUACAUUGGUGGUGAUGUUUUAUUAUUGAAUGAUGAAUCACAUAUCAUGAUUUCGAUGAAAGGAUUGACCAGAUACUUCUUUGUGAUAAUCUUGGCAGCUGUUUUACGUAAAUUGGGAAACAUUGCAGCUUGUGGGGUUAAGACGUUUGUUGUAAUAUUCUUCCUAAUUAUUAUUUGGAUUUACGUCACAAUGAGGAAUACUGUAGAUGAUAACAGCAAAAUGCCUCAACAUCUAAGAGAAGUGAAUGGAUUUCCUAGUGAAAGUUUUGAAUCAAAAAUACAACAGCCGUAUCUAUUAAUGGAUAGAUUUGAAAAAAAUAUAAAACAUGACAAAAAUAUAACAACUGGAAAUCCGCUAGAUACUGGAACUGAAAUUGAUACUAAAUUAUUAAAAAUGGCACAGGCUAAUAAUACCAAAGGAUUUGAAAAAAAUGAAGUUGAAUAUAUUAAACUUAAAAUUGAAGAAGCUAAUAAGGAACAAAUAAUAUAUAAUGAGGACAUUUUUGGACGUUUGAAUAACGAUUCUUUGGUCAUCCUAGUACAAGUCCACAAACGUGUCAACUACUUACAACACCUAAUAGAUUCUCUAGCCAAAGCCAGAUAUAUUGACCAAGCACUAAUAAUUUUUUCCCACGAUAUCUAUGAGGAAGAAAUAAAUGAUUUAAUCAAAGCUAUAAAAUUCUGUAAAGUGAUGCAAAUAUUUUUCCCAUAUUCAAUUCAAACUCAUCCGGAUACUUUCCCAGGAGCUGAUGUUAGAGAUUGCCCAAGGAAUAUAGGAAAGCAAAAAGCGCUUCAAAUUGGAUGCCUCAACGCCGAAUACCCCGACAAAUUUAGCCACUACAGAGAAUCGAAGUUUACUCAAAUCAAACACCAUUGGUGGUGGAAAAUGAACCACGUUUUCAACAAUUUGAAUGCCACUAAAAAAUAUUCAGGUUUCGUGCUUUUUCUAGAAGAAGAUCAUUAUGUCGCAGAAGAUUUUAUACACUUGUUGAGGUUAAUGGGUCGACAAUGCGAAACAAAGCCUCAGUGUAAAUUCCUAGGAUUGGGACUGGAUAUUAUGAAACCCGGGCCCUCAAAUCAGGCUAUAAUGUCUCUUUUCCACACCAAUCUAGGUUUGGCUUUCAAUAGAGAAACUUAUCUAGAUUCUAUAAAAAAAUGCGCUAAAGAGUUUUGCGAGUUUGACGACUAUAAUUGGGAUUGGAGUCUUAACUACAUCACAAAUAAAUGUGGUAAAGGACCGAAAUUAUCCAUGAUACUUAGGGCACAAAGGGUUUUUCAUAUUGGAGAGUGUGGAACUCAUAGCCGAAACGCCAAUUGUGACGUAGGAAAAGUAUUAGCUGGGGUCAAAAAUGAGAUAAAAUCACUUGGUCUUUAUCCCACGAACAUUGAACUGACUGAAACCAAGGUAGGUAGGCCAAAAAUGAUGGAAAAUGGUGGUUGGGGUGAUAAGAGAGACCAUGAGCUGUGUUUAAAGAUGACUCGUACGAUACCAAAUAUUGUUAUAUCAUAGCAUUUCAAAAGAUAACUCAAAUAAUACGUUUCAACAAAUGCGCGAAUAAAUAUCUCAGGGAACACAAUAUUCAUUUUGUUGAUAAAUAGAUGUAAAAAUAAUAUCUUGUUGAAAUAAAUCUUUGUGACUAGAGAUUUUCGUUGAAACCUAUUAUCCGAAUGCCGUUAUGUUAUGAUAAAACCUGUGAUAAAUCUCUGAACAUAACUUCGUUUUUGAGUGAGCAGAGAAAUGUUUUGAUAAAUUUAAUAAACUGUUUUCAAUAAUUGUACUUGCCUUUGCCACUACCUUCCCUUUUAGUAUAACUUCUGGACUUGCUGUCGUCGUUUCGCGUCCUGGAUCGAUCCCUGGAACAUUUUUCGGCUGUACUCGUUAUCGUAGAUACGGCGGUUUUAUGUCGGAUUUCUGGAAGACUUCCCAAUAUUCUACAAAACAAACAAAAUAUUGAUCAAGAAAAAGAUCGGCGUUUUUGAAGAAGGAGCCAAGGGACAUAACUUCUUCGAGCGAAAGCAGGGAAAAUUUCAAUUCUUUUUUAAAACAAAUACAAAGUUGGUGUAAUAUUAGGGAUAAAGUUUGUGAGGCUUUCGCGGCCCAGCUUUAUUGAUAAAUUGUUUUCAUUCGGGCUUAAUGGCCAUCCUAGGUUGGAAUUUCUUCCUGGCGUUUCUCUACCACGCGUGGCUAGCAUCUUCAGAGGUGCGUCUAUGUCCGAUUCUGGUAGCAGACUGACGCGUUUUCGACCGCAAGUUGUAUUUAUGUGUGAGUGAUUGUGGUGGGGGAGGGGCGGGGCUUCCCAGCAUGUGGCUAAUCUGAACUUUCUCUGUACUCAAUGGAAUCUUUCUUGCGUUUUUGAGGAUCAGGUUUCAAAUUUGUUGAGUUUUUGUGUUUCUUUUUGUUGUUCCUAUGUAUACCUCACCACAUGUGCAUCGUAUACGAUAGACUCCAGCGGUUGACAGUGGGUUCCUCUUAUCCUUGGCUGAUCUGAUUGAUUGCUGUAUUUUCCUUGUUGGCUUGAAGAUCGUUUUUAUGUUGUGCUUCUUCAAGACUUGCCCUAUCCUGUCUGUCAUCCGAGAAAUGAAAGGCAGAUAUGCAUUAGCCACCACUGGUUGUUCAUCCACGGUUUGUCGUGUGGUCGUUUUGGGUUGCAUGGCCUUGUCGAUUUCAGAUGUAUUGUAUCCAUUUGAUAGAAAGGCCGACUUGA